AUGGCCUCCUCCUCCGGGAGGCGGCCGGGCGCGGGCCCCGGCCCAGGCGGCGGCGGCGGCGGGGAGCCCUCCUCGUCGGGCGCGGCUUCCACCCCGGCGUCCGGAGGCGGCAGGAGGAUCCUGCGGACGCAGACGGCGGGGAACCUGGGCGAGUCCAUCUUCGACAGCGAGGUGGUGCCCUCCUCGCUGGUGGAGAUCGCCCCCAUCCUCCGUGUCGCCAACGAGGUGGAGGCCAGCAACCCCAGAGUCGCAUACCUAUGUCGAUUCUACGCCUUCGAGAAGGCCCAUCGACUCGACCCCACCUCCAGCGGCCGUGGUGUCCGCCAGUUCAAGACCGCGCUCCUCCAGAGGCUCGAAAGGGAAAACGACCCCACGUUGAAGGGGAGGGUUAAGCAGAGCGAUGCCCGCGAAAUGCAGAGUUUCUACCAGCACUACUACAAAAAGUACAUCCAGGCGCUCCAGAAUGCCGCCGAUAAAGCUGACCGUGCCCAGCUGACAAAGGCGUAUCAGACCGCGGCUGUCCUGUUCGAGGUCCUGAAGGCCGUCAAUGUCUCACAGAAAAUCGAAGUCGAUCAAGCGAUUUUGGAGACGCACAACCAAGUCGAGGAGAAGAAGAAGCUGUAUCUUCCUUACAAUAUCCUCCCGCUCGACCCUGACAGUGCUGCUAACCAGGCUAUUAUGCGAUACCCUGAGAUCCAAGCCUCUUUUCACGCUCUUCGUAACACAAGGGGUCUGCCAUGGCCCAAGGACCACGAAAAGAAGGAUGAUGCGGACCUUCUUGAGUGGCUUCAGGCACUGUUUGGGUUUCAGAAAGAUAACGUGUCCAAUCAACGAGAGCAUCUCAUACUCUUGCUUGCCAACGUGCAUAUAAGGGAGAUGUCCAAGCCUGACCAGCAAUCAAAGUUAGACGACCAUGCGCUAGAUAUAGUAAUGAAGAAGCUCUUCAAGAACUACAAAAGAUGGUGCAAAUACCUUGGCCGCAAAAGCAGCUUGUGGCUGCCGACAAUUCAACAAGAAGUACAACAGCGGAAGCUUCUCUAUAUGGGCCUUUAUCUGCUCAUAUGGGGCGAGGCAGCUAACUUGCGAUUUAUGCCAGAGUGUCUUUGCUACAUCUAUCAUCAUAUGGCUUUUGAAUUGUAUGGCAUGUUGGCUGGAAAUGUGAGCCCAACAACUGGUGAAAAUGUUAAACCAGCCUAUGGUGGUGCCGAAGAAGCCUUCCUGAAGAAAGUUGUGACCCCAAUUUAUAAAAUCAUAGAGAUGGAAGCUGAUAGGAGCAAGACAAUGAAAUCAAAACACUCACAUUGGAGAAAUUAUGAUGAUCUCAAUGAGUACUUUUGGUCAAGAGAUUGUUUUCGGUUAGGAUGGCCUAUGAGGGCUGAUGCUGAUUUUUUCAAGACUCCAAAUUUUGUUCUCAAUGCUCGAGAUCAGACGAAUGGAGAGCACAGACCAGCUGGUAAUGACCAUUGGAUGGGAAAAGUCAACUUUGUUGAAAUACGGUCAUUUUGGCACAUCUUCCGUAGCUUUAACAGGAUGUGGAGCUUCUUAAUUUUAUCCUUGCAGGCCAUGGUUAUAGUUGCUUGGAAUGGUGGCACGCCAGGUGACAUCUUUGAUGCAGGAGUGUUCAAACAAGUUUUGAGCAUAUUUAUAACUGCUGCAGUAAUGAAAAUGGGCCAAGCAAUUCUGGACAUUGUCUUGAGCUGGAAAGCAAGAAAAAGCAUGUCUCUUGCUGUUAAACUCCGGUACAUCUUGAAAUUACUAUCAGGAGCUGCAUGGGUUGUAAUUUUACCAGUGACUUACGCAUACACCUCAGACAAUCCCACUGGACUCAAUAGAACAAUCAAAAGCUGGUUUGGUGACGGCCGGAACCAGCCAUCGUUAUACAUCUUGGCUGUUGUGAUAUAUUUGUCACCAAAUAUGCUGGCGGCUACGUUAUUCAUUUUUCCUAUCCUGAGGAGAUUCCUUGAGAAGUCAAAUCUUAAAGUUGUAGCCCUCAUAAUGUGGUGGUCACAGCCUCGCUUAUUCGUUGGCAGAGGAAUGCAUGAAGGUGCAUUCUCCCUUUUCAAGUAUACAAUGUUCUGGGUCAUUCUUUUGGCCACAAAAUUGGUAGUGAGCUUCUACGUGGAGAUCAGGCCACUUGUUCAACCAACAAAAGAUAUAAUGAAGGUGCCAAUAACAACAUUUCAGUGGCACGAGUUCUUCCCACNNGCAAAGAACAACAUUGGUGUCGUCAUUGCACUUUGGGCUCCUAUCAUUCUUGUGUAUUUCAUGGAUACCCAAAUAUGGUAUGCAAUUUUCUCGACAUUAGUUGGUGGUAUCUAUGGGGCAUGUCGUCGUCUUGGUGAGAUACGAACCUUGGGAAUGUUAAGAUCUCGCUUCGAAUCUUUGCCGAAGGCUUUCAACGAUCACUUGAUUCCAAAUGACUCAAAGAGGAGAGGAUUCCGUUCCGCUUUCUCCAGUAAACCUUCUCAGAAACCUGGAGAUGGCAAAGAAGAAGACAAAAUAGCUGCAAGAUUUGCUCAGAUAUGGAAUCUGAUCAUCACAAGCUUCCGCCAGGAAGACUUGAUAGAUAACAGGGAGAAGGACUUGUUACUUGUUCCAUACUGCAAAGAUCGUGAAAUGGAUAUGAUCCAGUGGCCACCAUUCCUGCUUGCUAGCAAGAUUCCAAUAGCAUUGGAUAUGGCAGCAGACAGUGGAGGAAAAGACCGCGAUCUAAAGAAACGGAUGAAUUCAGAUCCAUAUUUCACUUACGCCAUCAAGGAAUGCUAUGCUUCAUUCAAAAACAUAAUAUAUGCUUUAGUGGUUGGUGUACGGGAGCGAGAUGUCAUCCAAAAGAUUUUUAAAGUGGUGGAUGAUCUCGUAGCAGACGAUACUCUGAUAAGGGAUCUGCACAUGAGUAACUUACCUACCCUGAGCAAGAAGUUUAUUGAGCUGCUUGUGAUACUGCAAAAGAAUGACAAAGAUGACCGGGGUCAGGUCAUCAUUUUAUUCCAGGAUAUGCUCGAGGUGGUAACAAGGGAUAUAAUGGAAGAACAACUCACCGAGCUACUAGAACCGGUACAUGGUGGAAAUAAUAGAAAACACGAAGGGAUCACACCACUUGAUCAACAGGAACAGGAACAGUUGUUCACUAAAGCUAUUGAAUUUCCUGUCAAGGCAUCAGAUGCCUGGAAGGAAAAGAUAAAAAGGCUUCACCUUCUGCUCACAGUGAAGGAGUCUGCUAUGGAUGUUCCUACAAACCUGGAUGCUAGAAGGCGGAUAUCUUUCUUUGCUAAUUCUCUUUUUAUGGACAUGCCAAAAGCUCCAAAAGUGCGCAAUAUGCUGCCCUUCUCUGUCUUGACUCCCUAUUACAAAGAAGACGUCCUUUUCUCCUCACAAGCACUAGAGGAGGAGAACGAGGAUGGGGUUUCUAUCCUUUUUUACCUGCAAAAAAUCUACCCAGAUGAGUGGAAAAACUUUCUUGAAAGGGUGGACUGCAAGAAUGAAGAGGAACUCCGUGAGACUGAACAAACGGAAGAUGAGCUUCGCCUUUGGGCAUCAUACAGGGGCCAAACUUUGACGCGAACUGUAAGAGGGAUGAUGUACUACCGACAAGCUUUGGUGCUUCAGUCUUGUCUUGAUAUGGCCCCAGAGAAUGAUCUUAUGGAAGGCUUCAGGGCUGCAGAUAUACUAUCUGAGGAAUCACACUUAUUAACUCAGUCCAAAGCUGUAGCCGACAUGAAGUUUACAUACGUUGUAUCAUGCCAGUCAUACGGUAUCCAGAAACGUUCUGGUGAUCAACGUGCGCAGGAUAUUCUGAGGCUGAUGACAACUUAUCCAUCACUUCGGGUUGCCUAUAUUGACGAAGUCGAGGAGACAAGCAAAGAGGGGGAGGCAAGCAAAGAUAGGAGCAAGAAGAUAGAGAAGGUUUACUACUCAGCGUUGGUGAAGGCGGCAGUAACUAAGCCUGAUGAUCCUGGUCAGAAACUCGAUCAGGACAUUUACAGGAUAAAACUUCCGGGCAAUGCAAUGUUGGGUGAAGGCAAACCAGAAAAUCAGAACCAUGCGAUAAUUUUUACUCGAGGUGAAGGCCUACAAACCAUAGACAUGAAUCAGGAGCAUUAUAUGGAGGAGACAUUGAAAAUGAGAAACCUGCUGCAAGAGUUUACCAAGAAACAUGAUGGUGUGAGGUAUCCAACAAUACUUGGUGUAAGAGAACAUAUAUUCACUGGCAGUGUUUCUUCGCUUGCGUGGUUCAUGUCAAACCAAGAGACAAGUUUUGUGACUAUUGGACAGCGUGUACUUGCCAAUCCUUUAAGGGUUCGAUUUCAUUAUGGACAUCCUGAUAUCUUUGAUCGACUUUUCCAUCUCACGAGGGGCGGUGUAAGCAAAGCAUCUAAGAUUAUUAAUCUUAGUGAGGACAUAUUUGCUGGAUUCAAUUCAACACUGCGUGAAGGAAACGUUACACAUCAUGAAUACAUGCAAGUUGGCAAGGGAAGAGAUGUUGGUCUCAACCAGAUUUCACUAUUCGAGGCGAAAAUAGCGUAUGGUAAUGGCGAGCAGACACUGAGCCGUGACAUCUACCGACUUGGGCAUCGUUUUGAUUUCUUCAGAAUGUUGUCCUGCUACUACACUACCAUCGGCUUUUACUUCAGCACAAUGAUUACGGUAUGGACCGUGUAUGUAUUUCUCUAUGGGCGUCUGUAUCUUGUCCUCAGUGGGCUUGAUGAAGGACUAGCCACUGGAAGAAGGUUUAUACACAACGACCCUCUCCAGGUCGCUCUCGCCUCGCAGUCGUUUGUGCAGCUUGGCUUCUUGAUGGCGCUCCCUAUGAUGAUGGAGAUCGGUCUGGAGAGAGGGUUCAGGACUGCGUUGAGCGACUUUGUGCUCAUGCAGCUUCAGUUAGCGUCUGUCUUCUUCACGUUCUCCCUCGGAACCAAGACUCACUACUACGGAAAGACGCUGCUCCACGGAGGAGCCGAGUACAGAGCCACGGGGCGUGGAUUCGUGGUGUUCCACGCCAAAUUUGCCGAGAACUAUCGACUGUACUCACGGAGCCAUUUCGUCAAGGGCAUUGAGCUGAUGAUCCUGCUUAUCGUGUUUGAGAUCUUCGGGCAGUCGUACCGAGGAGCUAUCGCGUACAUCUUCAUCACCUUCUCCAUGUGGUUCAUGGUUGUCACCUGGCUCUUUGCGCCGUUCCUGUUCAACCCUUCUGGGUUCGAGUGGCAGAAGAUUGUGGACGACUGGACCGACUGGAACAAGUGGAUCAGCAACCGCGGGGGUAUCGGUGUUUCGCCAGACAAAAGCUGGGAGUCAUGGUGGGAAAAAGAGCACGAGCCCCUUAAAUACUCGGGGAAGCGUGGCACCGUUCUUGAGAUAGUGCUGGCGGUGCGCUUCUUCAUCUACCAGUAUGGGCUUGUUUACCAUCUCAACAUAACCAGACACACCAAGAGCGUCCUGGUGUAUUGCUUGUCAUGGGUUGUCAUCUUCUUCAUAUUGCUGGUGAUGAAGGCUGUGUCGGUUGGGAGGCGGAAAUUCAGUGCCGAGUUCCAGCUCGUGUUCCGGCUGCUCAAGGGGCUCAUCUUCAUCGUGUUCAUCUCCACCAUCGUGAUCCUGAUAGUGAUCCCUCACAUGACGAUCCAGGACAUAUUUGUCUGCAUCCUCGCCUUCAUGCCCACAGGAUGGGGCCUGCUCCUGGUGGCUCAGGCGCUGAAGCCUGCGAUCAUGAGCGUGGGGCUGUGGGGGUCGAUCCGGGCGCUGGCUCGUGGGUACGAGAUCAUCAUGGGGCUGCUGCUCUUCACCCCGAUCGCGUUCCUGGCGUGGUUCCCGUUCGUGUCGGAGUUCCAGACCCGGAUGCUCUUCAACCAGGCCUUCAGCCGUGGGCUGCAGAUCUCGAGGAUCCUGGGCGGGCACAAGAAGGACCGGGCAGCGCGGAGCAAGGACGAUAGGUAG